GUUGCUUUUAAUAGGGAAAUUGGCAACCCAAGUGUCACUCUUGAAGGUGAUAUAUUUCAGCCAAGUGGACUUCUAACUGGUGGUAGUCGCAAGGGUGGUGGUGAUCUGUUAAGGCAACUUCAUGCUUUGGCGGAGGCUGAAUCCAAACUCUCUUUUCAUCAGAAGUGCCUAUCAGAAAUUGAUGCUAAGAUUAAUGAGCUCCUUCCUCUUCAAAAAAAGUUUGAAGACCUAAGGUCACAGUUGGAACUGAAGUCAUAUGACCUUUCCUUAUUUCAGAGCAGGGCUGAGCAAAAUGAGCAUCAUAAGCUCGGUGAACUAGUGCAUAAGAUUGAACUGGAGCUUGCAGAAGCAAAAUCCUCUGCCCAAGAAAAGCAAAUUUCGUAUGAAAAUUGGGUAAGUAAAGUCUCAUUGCUUGAAAAGUCCAUUUGUGAACAUGCCAAUAGUCGUGAGAGCAGGCUCAAAGAUUUAGAGAAGAAGAUUAAGGCAAUCAAGGUUCAAAUGCAGUCAGCUUCGAAAGAUCUCAAGGGGCAUGACAAUCAAAGGGAGAGGCUCAUUAUGGAAAUGGAAGCAGUUAAACAGGAGCAAGCAUCUUUGGAGAGUCAAUUAGUUUGUUUGAACGAGCAGAUUAAUAAUUUUACUUCAGAAGUGAAUGCACAUAAGAUCAAGGUUGCUUCAUUAAGAAAUGAUCAUAGUCAGGCUGAAUCUGAGCUCAACUUGGCCCGCACAAAGAUGAAGGAAUGUGACUCGCAAAUCAGUGCCAUCCUUCAGGAGCAGCAGAAACUUCAACAAAAAAUUAGUGAGACAAUUCUUGAGAGGAAGAAGAUGGAAAAUGAGGUUAAACGGAUGGAGCUGGAACGAAGAGAUUGUUCUUUGAAGGUCGAGAAAUUAAUUGAGAAGCAUGCUUGGAUCACAUCUGAGAAGCAGCUUUUUGGAAGAAGCGGGACUGAUUAUGAUUUUGAAUCCCGUGAUUCUCGAAAGGCAAGGGAAGAAUAUGAAAAGCUUCAAUCUGAACAAUCUGGCCUUGAGAAAAGGGUGAACAAGAAAGUGAUGGCGAUGUUUGAGAAAGCAGAAGAUGAGUACAAUGACUUGAUAUCUAAGAAAAACAUUAUUGAGAAUGACAAGUCGAAAAUCAAGAUGGUUAUUGAAGAGCUUGAUGAGAAGAAGAAGGAGACACUGAAAGUUACUUGGGUUAAAGUUAAUAAUGAUUUUGGAUCUAUAUUUUCUACUUUGUUACCUGGCACGAUGGCAAAGCUAGAACCUCCUGAGGGAUGCAGCUUCUUAGAUGGUCUUGAAGUUCGUGUUGCAUUUGGAAGUGUCUGGAAACAGUCCUUGUCAGAACUUAGUGGAGGGCAAAGAUCUCUACUCGCACUUUCCCUUAUUUUGGCAUUGCUUCUCUUCAAGCCAGCACCACUUUACAUACUGGAUGAGGUUGAUGCAGCGCUUGAUCUAAGUCAUACACAAAACAUUGGAAGAAUGAUCAAAACUCAUUUUCCACAUUCCCAGUUCAUUGUUGUUUCUCUGAAAGAAGGUAUGUUCAAUAAUGCGAAUGUUCUAUUCCGAACAAAGUUUGUGGAUGGUGUUUCUACUGUGCAGAGAACAGUUGCAGCUAAGCAAAAUAAGUGA